UUCCACACAGCAUCCUAGUGCAGAACUGGUAGGCACCAUGAGGACCCUCUCUCUGCUCACUCUGCUGGCCCUGGCUGCAUUCUGCUUCUCUGGUCCAGCAGAUGCAAAGCCCAGGGGCUCAGAGUCUGACAAAGCCUUCGUGUCCAAGCAGGAGGGCAGUAAGGUAGUGAACAGACUCCGGCGCUACGUGGGCCAUGGACUUGGAGCCCCAGCCCCCUACCCAGACCCCUUGGAGCCCAAGAGGGAGGUGUGUGAGCUCAACCCCAAUUGCGAUGAACUAGCAGACCACAUCGGCUUCCAGGAUGCUUACAGCCGCUUCUACGGCACCACUGUUUAGGGCAGUCUCAACUUCGGCUACGCCAGGAUCCGACCCUCCCUGUGUCCUCUCUGCCCUGCAAGUGUGGGUGGCACAGCUGCUCCAAUAAAGUCCAGAUGAG